CGCGCAUCAACAUGGCCUCAGCGAAAUUGCUACUUUUCACUGCCCUGGUGGCUCUCAUGGCCGCCCACAGCUCGGCGGGACUCCUGGACUACGUCUUUCCCACUCUAAUGACGGAGUUCUACAACCAGGCGCCGACCAAGGAGGGAUACCGCUUCGCGUCGGAGGAGCCCAAUGGCAGCAAGCGCGAGGAGAUGGGCGUGAUCAUGAACCCCGGCACUCCCGACGAGCAACUGGUGGUCAUGGGCAUGUACUCGUCCUACGACGAAAAGACUGACACCGAGACUGUGACGAUGUACACCGCCGACAAGGAUGGUUACAAGGCGCGUUACCAGAUCAAGAACCGGAAGCUGAGCCCCGGCGCCCUGAAGUCCGCUGCAGGAUAAGGAGCUUAUUGAUUAGAGUUUGUAAA